CCCCAGUGGAGGAGAACAGCGAGCCGGCUUCCUCAAGCCCAAGGCAGCACAGGACUAAUCCAGGUCCCCGCAGGUCUCCGUGUCUGUUCCCGGCACUCUGCGAGGCCUGAGGAGGAGCAACCUGUCCAGAAUCUCUGCAGGAUACAAAAAAGAGGGGAAAUCUCAACAUGGAAAAACUCUACAAUGAAAAUGAAGGAGUGCCUUCACACCACCAAAUGAUGGAAAAUGAGGAACAGCCACAGCAUGAAGGAAAGCUAGAAAGUCUGGAAAAUAAGAAUUUAGAAAAUGAAGGAAAGACAGAAAACAAAGGACAGACAGAAGAUGAAGAAAUAGAGAAUAAAGAAAAAUCAGAGAAUGAGGGAAAGGCAAAAGAAGGAAAGCCAGAGAGUGAGGGGAAGUCAGAAAGUCAGGGAAAGCCAGAGGCAGAAAAUCCAGAGAGUGUUGGAAAGCAGGAGCAGGAGAGAAAACCACAGAGUGAGGGAGAGGCAGAAAAUCCAGAGAGUGUUGGAAAGCAGGAGCAGGAGAGAAAACCACAGAGUGAGGGAGAGCCAGAUAGUGAGGAAGAGCCAGAGAGUGCAACAGGGGCUGCAAGAAAGCGUCCAGCUGAGGAUGACAUACCCAGGAAAGCCAAAAGAAAAACCAACAAGGGGCUGGCUCAGUACCUUAAGCAAUAUAAAGAGGCCAUCCAUGAUAUGAAUUUCAGCAAUGAGGACAUGAUAAGAGAAUUUGACAAUAUGGCUAGGGUGGAGGAGAAAAGGAGAAAAAGCAAACAGAAGUUAGGGGCAUUUUUAUGGAUGCAAAGAAAUUUACAAGACCCCUUCUAUCCCAGGGGCCCAAGGGAAUUCAGGGGUGGCUGUAGGGCCCCAAGAAGAGAUACUGAAGACAUUCCUUAUGUGUAGGGUCCAUGCAGGCAUUUACCAGGCUCUGUGCUUUAACCUUACCAUUUUGCUUUAGGCACCUCUCUUAUUAUCAGCAGCCUUUUAACUCAACUGCAAGGUUUGCUUUAGAUUUCAGUAGCCAAUUUUCACCAUGUUCAUUGCAAAGAUGUCAUGAUUCUUGAAAAAAAUAAAGCAGCUUAUA